AUGCAUUCCUUCAUUUCGAGCGCGGCCCUGAUGUGGCUAGUGGUGGCAGAGGCAGCGGCCCAGAACUGCGCGGCUGUCACGUCCAGGUUCCAGCCCAAGAUGGGCCCAGGUUACCAAGUGCGCGUGAUUGCGACAGGCCUGAGAAGUCCCCGUCACAUACGGAUUGACUCUGCUGGGAAUCUUCUGGUAGCUGAAGGUGGCACCGCAACAGUGCGACGCCUGGUCUUGACGGAGCAGGGCGGCAAUGUUUGCGUCUCGUCCAACACUGCACUGACCCCGGCCCAGUCUACCAACCAUGGCAUCGAUCUCAGCGCAGACGGAAAGACCUUGUACACUUCCAGCUUGGCCAGCGUGACAGCUUUCCCAUAUAAUGCGACUGCUGGCACCGUCGGCGCCGGGAAGGCAAUCAUCACAGGAAUGAGCAUCCAGGGCACACACCCGACCCGAGCCAUUUUGGUCUCCAAGCUGAACCCGGAUGUUCUUCUUGUUGCCCGAGGCUCCCAGGCAAACGUCGAUACACAAACCACGUCGCAGACACCUGGUCGAUCCAUGAUCAAGACGUUCAGCCUCAAGCAAGUUACUGCAGCCCCAGUGCAAUACACUACCGGUGGUGAGGUACUCGGCUGGGGUUUGCGGAACGUGGUGGGGAUGGCCGAGGAUCAUGUCAGCGGCAACGUGUUCUCGGUAGAAAACCAAAUGGACGACAUACGGCUGGGCGGCCGAGACGUGCACAACGAGAACCCAGCCGAGCGCCUCGCCUUCCACGGCAAACUGAACGACACGUCCAACGCGCAAAAGGGGCUCAACUUCGGCUACCCGUCAUGCGUGCCGGCGUGGGACACGCAGCAGCUCGGCAACAACCUCCAGGUGGGCGACCUGUUCAUGCCCGAUGGGGUGCCACAGGCGAGCGACUGCGCCCGGCGCGCCAAGGGCCGCCUCCACUUCCCCGCGCAUACGGCGCCGCUCGACAUGGCCUUCAACGCCAACGCCACCGCGGCCUACAUUGCGUUCCACGGCAGCUGGAACAGGAACCCGGCCGACGGCUACCGCGUCAUGCGCGUCGACUUUGAUCCCGCUACGGGUCAGCCCAGAGAGAGCGCCACGAGCAAGACGGCUUCGAUCCCGGUCAUGGAGAACACAAACGUCGGCGCCUGCCCGGGUGCUUGCUUCAGGCCUGUCGGUUUGGCCUUUGACACCAAGGGGAGGCUCUACGUCUCGAGCGACUCGUCUGGAGAGAUUUAUGUCAUCACCGGUGCCUGA